AGGGGUGCUGGAGGAGCGCCAGUCGCCCCUCACCAAGGAGGUGGUCGCCUGGGGACUUUGGUCCUGGGGCUGGCCUCUCCCCACCUUGCUCAGCCUUACUGCUUCUCCCAUUUUCUCCUGUCUGGCCUUUCCCCUCAGGGCCCAGAGUUAAGUGACUGAGAGCUGUUCUUUUCAUCUUGCCUUGCAGCCCAGGUCCGUCUUCUCAUUCCCCCAAGUUUCCAAGCAUGUUGGAAGUGGAGAAAGUCCAAAAGACCCCCAAGAAACAGCCACCCUCAGAACCAGUUGGGCAGGAGCUCUUUGUGCAUGCCAACUCCCCUGCCACUCCAGCUUGUCCCUAUUCUGACAGCAACACCAAAGCUACCAACACUCCUUGUCGGCUUGGUCAGGCUGGCGGGGAGGGCCUGCCAGAUAUUGGGGUCAAACUUGAGCUUGUGGACUUAGAGGAAAAGGCUGAUGGUUUCCACAAGAGGAAAAUUAGACCCUUUGGCUCUCAAAAGAAGCACGAAAAGGACUUAACCCUGCAGAGGAGCAGCCCCUACCCCCGGCUUAGGGAGACAUUGAUCUCUUUUCCUGGCCUGAACCAAGUUUCCUUGGAGAAACAGGCAGAAAGUACCCUUGACUUGCCUGCUCGCAGUAGAAAGAGAAAAUCCCACUCUCUGAGCAGGCCUGGUCUUUACCCUGGCACCUCCUGUAUAAAGUGUCCAAACAGCCCUGGGCAGAGUAAGUCGAAAGGAGACUCUGGAACCCAUGGCCACAAACUGGUGCCUAGGCAGGAGUACCCUGCGAGAACCAUGCCCAGGCUGGAGGCCUGUGGAUGGAGAGAAGGAGAGAGGGCAGGAAAGAUCACCCUUGGCUGUGCCCCAUCCCCCUCAGCCAAGGGCCAGCCUGUUCCCCAGGCCCCCCAGGUGGUUAGGAGGGACAGAUCGGACAGGUUAGAGGUGAGCCAGUCCGGGGAGCAAGAGGAGACGAGGCAAGCUGACACCCUCACGAACCAUCUAGUCACAGACCUACAGCCCCUCAGGAAAUUGAAGAAAAAGCACUUGCUCCCUGGCAGGAGGGAGAAGGCAGGCACCCAAGCAGGAACUCAGGGCUUAGAUUCUACCCCACAUCCCCCAGGCCUUCCGCACACCAUGGAUCCCAAGCCCAACCUAGACAUCAGACAGUUCUUCACCAUUGACCUGAAGAAAGCCUGCCGUAUCCUCUGCGUCCUGUGUCAUAGCGGUGUCAAGCGGGGCAGAACUAUGGGGUGGUCCCGCGUCUCAGGCCUGGUCCGCCACUUGGCCAGUAAGCAUGGACUGGAGUGGGAAAGAAGGCCAGGCGCGGGGGCGAGAGGGCUGGAGCAGGCCCAGCUGAGGGCCUUGCCCAUCGGGUCCCCCCUAUGUGCUUCCAGGAAGCACUCAGACAUGGCGUCUUCAGAAGGCAGCGACAAGGAACCUGCUGCAGGUGACCCUGAGCGGCCGCCUCCACUCCCAGCCCCAUCACCCUCGCCUGCUUCCCCUGACGCAGUCAAAGACACCCCAGGUGGCUCCCAGCCUGGGCCCUGCACCCCAGCCUGGAACCACAGCAUCACAGAGCUGCUCUGUAGCCUGGCCCUGCCGUUCUCCUUCGUUUUCUCUCAGCCCUUCAAGAGGUUCCUGGCGCAGGUGGACCCUGGCUACCGCCUGCCCUCUCCAGGCUUCUUCUCCACCAAGGCUCUGCCCCUGCUCCGCGAAGCCGUGGGAGAGCAGCUGCUUCGGGAGAUGCAGUGGGCCGAGGGCGGCCACGUUCACUUCACCUUCUUCAUGUCAGCCCACGACUCAGCGGUCACCUACGUGGCCAUCGCUGCCCACUGGGUGUCGGCCUGGUCACCCAACGGGCCUGGGCCAUCGGGGGGCCAGAGGAGGCAGGCCGUGCUGUGGGCCCGGGGCCUGACCGGGGAGCGCGUCGGCGAGGAGCGGCAGCGGGAGCUGCUGGAGCAGAUCCGCCUGUGGCUGGGCCGCGGCGCUUUGAGGGCUGGCUUCCUGGUGUCCGGCGGCCGGCCCAGCCUGGAGCACCUGGUCAGGGCCGAGGGUUACAGCCACAUCCCUUGUUUCGCCCACUGCCUUGACUCCCUGGUGAACAACUUUCUGUGUCACCAUAAUAGUGUGCAGAUCAUCCUGGGAACAGCCAGGGCCAUCUUCAGCCAUUUCCAGGGCUCCCCCGAGGCGCGGCGGCUCCUUGCCCAGCUCCAGGAACAAUUCAGCCUCCCAUCCCAGCGGCCCUUUGAGGAGCUCUCGGACCACUGGGUCUCGGCGUACCAGCUGAUGGAGUGGGUCACGGAGCAGAAGCAGGCCCUGCAGGCGUACGCAGAGAAGCAGCAGUCGGGCAAAGCCAGCACCACCCUGUCUGCCAUGUUUUGGAGCCUGACGGACAGUCUGGUGAAGCUCCUGCAGCCCUUCCAGAUGGUGCUGUGUGAGGCCAGUGCGGCGCAGGCCUCCUUGAGCCAGGUGCUGCCGCAGCUGCGCUACCUCCACAUCUUCCUGGAGCAGGUUCGCAGGCACUUCACGCAGCAGGGCGGUGGGGAGGCGGCUGUGGCCCUGCGGCUGGCGGAGGGCCUGGCCCUGCAGCUCUCCACAGACCGCCAGCUCGACGAGCUCUUCCAUCGGGAGGAGUUUGUGCUGGCCACCCUGCUGGAUCCCCGCUUCAAGGGCAAGGUGGAGGCCAUCCUGCCCGCCGGGGCGGACAUCGACCACUGGAAGCAGGUCCUCGUGUACAAGGUGAAGGAGAUUAUGGUCUCUGAGGGUCCCCUGCCUGCCUUCAGCAGACUGACGAAUCCCAGGGGCACCCGUGGGGGCAGAAUAGCCAGGAGCCUUGGUGCGAGAGGGAGAGGCCACAGAGAGCCCGUGCAGGGAGCUGGUGACCCCAGCCCUUUCCUGCUGGUCCAGAAGGAGAAGAGCCUGCUGGAGCAGCUGGAAAGCGUGGGGCUGUUGGCUUCUGAGAGGAACGGGGCCUCCCUCCCCACCGAGAACCACCUGGCUAGUGUCAUCGUCCGGAAGUACCUGCGGGAGAACGAGACCAUCGGGGCCCAGCAGGACCCGCUGGCCUACUGGGAGAAGAAGCGCGAGGCCUGGCCCGCGCUGGCCCGCCUGGCCACCGUCUACCUGUCCUGCCCGCCCACGGGGGCCUUCUCGGAAAGGGUCCUGGCCGCCCUCAACAGCCCCACCAUCGCAGAAGCCAACCCGCCUCUCCAGGUGGAGACUGUCGAGCACCUCCUCUUCCUGAAGGCCAACCUGGAGAGCUUCCCCCACUACACUCCCCCACCCCUCAUUUCCAGCCCUGACCUUGCAGAGGGGGAGCAGACCCUAUAGCCUAGCCGCAUGGCCUCAUGGGCACUCAAAUGUGCACGCAAAUACCUCAGAGCUUGCAGGAGCACCCGGUCUGCCACCCUCAGAACCUUCCAGACCCUCAGCAGAUGGGGAAGAGGAGCAGAGAGCUGUGUCCUGCUGCUUAGUCUCUCACCUCUUUGGGGAGAAUGGUUCUUGAUAGAUUGCUACACUCAUUUUUGAGUGAGGUCAUUUUCCAUGCCCUUUCAUAGAUCCAUUUGUAUCUGUCAGUAUGCAGUGGGUUCAAGCAUGUGGUUUUAUAAAUCACAGCACUGUGUUGAAAUAUUACAGGCAUUCAGGGCCUUGAAUACCGCUUACACGGGUGGACACGCGGAUGCAGCCUGGGAUGGAGAAGGCUUGCUGUUGAAGUGGUGUUGGUUUAGCCCCAAGAGCACGCAUGAGCUGCUGCAGAAACCCUGGCUCCAGUAGCCGUCUCGGGA